AUGCUGACGGAAACUCGGGGACUGCGCCUACCUGAUGAGCCCCAAGGAGGGCAAAACCGGUCUGUCCGUCAUACUGAGUCUGGUGUGAGAUUAAAUGGCAAAAAUUUACAUUCAGUGCCAUGUGCCACGAAUAAAAGUAUCAUAAGUAUGCAGAGAGCCCACAAUGGCAAGCAAACACAAGUCACUGACUGUGACCUUAGGAAGUCCCAGUCCAAUAACAGUCUUGGCGGAUCGAGGAAAGCAGAUUCCUCGAUAAGAGAUGAUCAUCGGUUGGUGGACCAAAAAGUCGACAUCACAACCAAUUGA